AUGAAGAGACAACAAGACAGCGAAAAUGGCCAAAGAACCAGCCAACUUGAUGCUGACUUAUCCACCUCCAUAUUACAGCAAAAAUUGGAUAUAACUCUCAGCAAACUCGAUUUUUUAACGCAACAACUUAGUUAUGUCGUUAACGAAGUGGUUGAUAUUAAAGCCGAAGUCAGAUAUUUGAAGAGUAUAAAUAGUGAAAGAAGAGAAUUCGUAAAUAGCAUAAACGGCACAGAUCAAGAAAACGUAUUGCAAGACAGCCCAUUGCAGUCACCUGAGUCACAGGACAGCUUCAGUCAUCACUCGUUAAGUAUCCCUCGACAUCUUAUAGCUGUUCCAAAAGGCCCAUUCCGGAAAUAUGGCCCAACAGAUCGAGUCGUUCCACGUCCGACAACCAAAGACCUUGUCAAAACGAUUGGCGGCAAGGCACAUAGCUUACAAUUUACAUCCAGUUUAUAUGUUGAUCUAAUAACAAGAGAAUUAGGGCCAGCUUCAGAGACAGGCUUGGAUUAUAGGGCUAUGGUGAAAGAAGCAGUACUAAUCACAAAAGCCGUCUUAUCACGCCUGAAGGAAGUGAAUAAUAUUGACCCUAAUCUACGUUGGAGUCGGGUUGAUCCCACCAUCAAACUUGAAGCCUAUAGAAAGCUUGAAGCUGCCACCGAACAUCUACUCCCUUUAAAGAUAUGUUCUGAAUUCUGGGGUGCUCAUGUGUUAAUCAGUAACUUUUGGUUAGGUAGACGAAAGAGAAGCUCGGAAGAGAACAACAGCACGAAUGGCAACACAGAGAGCAACCCCAAUCUUACCAAGAAAGCUAAACUUGAAACGAAUAGCGAAGAUAAUAAACAAGCCCUUGAAAUAACCGCUUCAAGCUCAAAUACCCCUCAACAAGAACAACAGAAAGUUACACCAAAAGCUUUCAGCAUUCCCUUCUUAACACACCAGUAA